AGGUGGAUUUCGUUGGAGGCCGAGGAGGUGAAUGGUCUUUGGUGUUUACCUUCGCACCUCGGGGAUACGCAGGGGUGCCUUGGCAACCGUGGUCCCGAGAUUAACCCGCGGGUGACGUGCAUGGGCUUGCUGGUCUAAUUAUAGCAACAGUCCUGCGUAAUUUUGGUGUUGGAACUGAGUUGUAUGACAUGGACUCUGGUUGUUGGGGAUCUCGUUCAUGGCUGGAGUGCUUGCGUUCUCUGUUCCGGAGCAUCUGGUCCAAGUGGACAUGCCUUGGGUCAGCUGCAAUUAGCCAGGUUUACUGUCACGACAACAUCAGGUUCCAUGCGAUGUGAUGAAAAGGCGCAUCCUAUGAUCAUGGCAGGUGAUGCAAGUGAACAUUUCAUAACGUUCUUCUCCAAAAAGCUUGCUUCAUAUCCCAAACGACCGCGAUCAAGUCAGUUCAUCGCUAGACACAAUGAGCAGAAUUCCUCACAAUUCCUCAUUAUACGCCAUUGUUCGUGGACCAUACCUGGUACGACAGUAUUCUCCUCAACCAACUGUAAAUGUAACGACGGUAUCUCGGGUAUCAUAUCAUCAUGAUCUUCUCAAAGUCACUCCAAGUCCUCGCCCGUGCACAUGAUCACUUAUCGUUCUUCCCCGAACUGGGACAAAAGUCCUUAUGAGCACCGCAGUCACAUUGUCCUGUACGCCAGGUUCAGUAACAUGUUUC